AUGAGCGGGACGUGGGGCCGCGCCCGCGCGCCCGGCUUGAGCGGGUCGACGGCGGGACGCGCACGACGCAAGUCGCACGUGACGCGCGCGCCUGCGCACGUGGCGAUCCCGAUCCCGGAGGACGACGCGCAGCUGCCCGAGGAGGACCUCGGGCUCCCGCCGGGCACGGCCAUCCUGGACGCCGGCGGCGGCGCGGCGCACGCGACCCGCCACGGUGACCCCCACAGCCUGCCGCACGAAGGCGGCGGGGAGGGGCCGGACGCGUCGCUUGCGGAGAGGGGGGAGUUCUCGUUCAAGGUGGAGGAUUCCGGCGAGGGCCCGCACUUUUGGGUUGCGCGGCGACAGAAGGGCGUCGCGACGCCGGACUGGGGGUCCGAGGAGGAGGAAGACGGCAACACCACGGGAACGGCGACUCCGGCCCCGUCGGAACAGGCUUCCGAGGACGACCUCCGGCGCGACGUGUCGGACCUUCUGAUGGCCCUGGAGGCCGGGAGCGCUGCCACCGCACACAGCGCAGCUUGCAGCCUUGCCCGGCGCCUGGGCGCUCAGCGGGGCAACCUGAGAGGCGUGCCGGGGGCGUGCUACCACGGCACGAUCACAGAGAGCACCGCGCGCAUCGUCUACUCGCAACUCGCGGACGGAGCUUGGCAGAGGGUGGUCGCGUCUGGGCUCCUUCGCAAGUCGACGGACACGCAUCUCAAGUCGUACCUCCGGGACCUGGUCGCCGCGGCGGCCGCGCUGCACCGCACCGCGUUCGGGAAUCGCGGCCCGAGAGCCUGGGCCGAUGCCGGGAUGGGCCGCGCCUGCUUCGCGCUGCUCGACGAGGGCCUGGAGGGCAACUCCGUCUCCAUGUCCCUCGGCGUCGAUAUCCUCGAGGGAAUGUUGUCCGUGGGGUUCCGGGAGACGCGCGCCGAGCUGUUCGAGCGCCUCUACGUGAUCGUCCAGUGCCUGAUCCUCGAGGGCAGCACCGCGACGGCCUCGGAGCGCGCCCGCCUCGCCGGCUGCGCGGCCCGGGAGCUCGCGACGCUGUCGCGCGACGAGGCGCGCCGCCUCACGCCCGAGACGCUCGACGCGUGGCCGCGCGUCGUCGCCUGGAACAUCCAGAACGCCAGCCUCGUGCGCCUCAACGACCCCGCCGCGUUCCCGGCCGCCACCCUGCGCUGUGUCGCCCUCCUGCCCGCCAACGCCAACCUCGCAGCGCUCCUCGCCCCCGCCGGGCGCCCCACGACCGCGCCGUCUGCGCACAUCGAGCCCGAGGGCCGCCCGUGGACCGCGCGCGCCGCCUCGCCCCGCGCGCACGCCGGACCGUGCUUCGCCGAGCUGCUCAUGCGCGAAGCAGAGGCCACGAGCCAGGCGCUGUGGCGCGAGGCCGCCGAGGCGGCCCCCGGCGCGGCGCGCGCGUCGGAAGAGCGCCGCGCGGGCGCCGAGGCGCAGCUGCGCGCCAUCGCGGACGAGGUCCGCCGGCUGGCCGCGAGCCUUUUGGAGGCGUCUGCGGCGACCAGCGCGGGGCAGCGCGCGCUCCGGAGCGCCCUGCUGCGCGGCGGCUUCCUGCGCGCGCUCCUCCGGUGCGUGACGCCGCUUCCGGGCCGCGCGAGCGAGGGCGGACGGUGGGUGCGCAUGGAGGUUGUCGAGCGUCUAGGGCCGCACCCGGACGCCCUGCGACGGCGCGACGAGGCGCGGCGGCGGCGGGAGGCGGCGCGCGAGGCGCGGCGGAAGAUCCUGGAGGCGCAGCGGGCCGCGCGCGAGGCCGAGGAGGAGGCUGCGCGGCGGGCGGAGGAGGAGGAGCGCAUGGCUGCGCGGGCGUCCUCGGAGCACCCGUCGGAGAAGUCGGCGCGGGACCUGUCCGAGCUGUGCGACGACAUCAUGGGCAUGCUGCUCGGGCGCGGCAGGGACGCGGACGAGGGGGACGGGAGCGACGACGGGGCCCAGGGGGAGUCCGGCGCAGAGGGGGGGGUGUUGGAGGACGGGGAGGGCGAGGCGGGGUCGCGGGGGACGGGGAACGAGGAGGGCGAGGACCUCGAGGCGACGUCGGGCGUGCAGGCGGAGAUGAGCCUCGCGUUCGGGCUUGCUGCCACUCCUGGGGGGGGAGUCCGAACGACCCCCCGGUCGGCGCGGCUCGACGCGACGGAGCGCCUGGGCGGGCUGGACGGCCCGGGAGCUGCCUCGCGGCCGACGACGGCGGGUCUGCAGAGCACGGCCUCGAACCCUACGCGCCCCACGACGGCGGCGAUGCCUGCCUUCGCGGCGCGGCCCGGCGGGCGCCCGCAGACGGGCCGGCCCGGCACCGCGGCGACGGGGUCGUACGCGGGCGUCCUCGGCGACACAGGCGGGCUGAGGAAGGUCAGUUUCGGCGCCGCCGCGGCCCCGAUGGCCCUGUCGCCCAACAUCGCUUCGGCCUUCGGGCAUUUCGACGACAUGGACGAGUGGGACAGCGACGAGGAGGAGGAAGAGGAGCUCGAUAACGAGCACGUGAGAGUGACGCUCACGGAGGGCGACGUGCGGCCGCUGGAGCACAUGCCGGACGACGCCAACGAAGCGCUCACCCUGGCGCCCCCGGACGGGCGCGCGGCGGUGGGAUCGUGGAUCCUGCACCUGAUCACGUCGCUCGAGGAGAGCUGCACUCUCGAGUCGCACAACGACCAGGUCAAGGCCCUGUCGAGCUACCUCCGCAUGGCAAAGGGCCCCAUGGUCUCGACGCUGUGUCCGAUCGCAACGGCGCAGAUCCUCUCGGCCGCGGGCGUCCUCUGGCUCCGCCGGGUCAACCUCGCGAUGGAGCACGCCGCAGUCACGCGGGGCCGCUCGUGGGCGCGGCGGCGAGAGGUCGGCAUGUCGCUGCUUGCGCGCGCGUGCUACGAGGGCGCGGAGCCCGGCGGAGGGUCGCAGCACGGCGCCGUGCUGCCGCUGCUCACGGAGCUGCCGGCGACGCUCAUCGACGAGAUCGCGGUGGCGUGCGACGCGCGGUUCGACGACGCCGUCGCCGCGGUGGAGCGCCCGCGGUUGGCAGAGGUGCUGGACCACAUCGCGCUGCUCCCGGGGAAGAAGGCGCGCGGGAAGGAGGCGAUCGGCGCGACGAUGUGGCUGCGCGAGAUGCUCGGCGUGGAUCUGGGAGGGGAUUGGCGCGCUGCGGGGCUCCGGGGCGGCCAGGGCUCGCGGCCUCAUAGCGGCCGCGCGGGGGGGGGCGCCGCGACGCACCGGCGCUGCCCGCUCGUCCCGCUGGUCCCCAUGUCGGUCCUGCGCGGAGACUUCACCCUCGAGAGGCUUUGGAGGGAGCGGCUGCGCCCAGCGAUCAAGCUCGCCGCCCAGUUCCAGCGCGAGCUCGACAACGCGCGCGCCAUCGGGGCGGCGCGGCCGCGCGCGCCGAACCGCGGGAUCAUGUGGACGCCAGCGAAGGACCCGCGCCCCGUCGAGCCCAAGCCGCCGCCGCCGGAGCCGGCGCCGAAGCCGGAGAAGGCGAAGAGUCGCAAACCGCGACGGCGGAAGUUCACCAUGCAGCUGGGCUCCGAGGCGUCGCGCGGGUCGAUCCUGUCGGGCCCCUCGCGCGGCGACGUUAGCGUCGGCUCGACCUUCCGCGACCCCUCGCGCGCGAGCCUCGCCCGGGGAAAGUCCGGGGUGUCGUCCAUCGCCAGCCAGAGCCGCAGGUCGAUCACCAGCGGCGGGCUCUCGAAGAUGAUCGGCGCCGGCGCGUCCGUCGCGCGGGGCAUGUCGAAGAAGAUCGUGCGCAUGGAGUCCGCGAUGCCGGGCGUCGGGUGGGCUCCCGAGGAGGACAAGCCGGCGGCGACGUCGUCGCGCAACGAGGGCGACGCGGAACGAAUCGCGAAGAAGAAGACGCGCCAGCGGCUGCGCUUCGCAUCGGAGCCCCCGGAGCCCGCUGCGACGUCGCUGCAAGAGCCCGCGGCGUCCAAGGACGACGACGGCGACGACGGGCACCGCACGGCGUUCACGUCCGACGCGUCCCGCCCGACGACGGCCCCGAGCUCGAUGUGGGCCGAGGAGUUCGACGGACCCGUCGGGCACCCGUCGCUGCCCCCCGCGGAGGACGAGUGGCGCGACACGUGGAUGGAGCUGGAGCCGCAGCUCCUGCGCGUCGUCAUGCUGCUCGGUCAGGGCGACCUCCUGCCGUGGGACAUCGUGCAGCUCCCCACGCACGCGGGCCUCGUGCCAGCGCUCGCCGGGCCCGCGGCGAACAUGGUUGCCGAGGAGGAGGUCACGCUGGACCGCUUCGCGGCCACGACUGGCGGGCGGUACGGCCGGGCGUGGCCGCCGAAGCACGACAUCGAGUGGUGGGAGCAGGCCGGGACGCAGGCCGACCCCUGCCCGAGCGACGUGCACCCGUGGUACCUCCGCCCGGCGCCGGAGCUGUCCUCGGGGACAUAUCACAAGCUGCGGGGCACCAUGGGGUUGCCGGAGGCGGGGUGCGGGGACGCGCGCGGGCAGCUGCGGCGGGCGCGGUCGAUCUCGCCGGAGCGGCGGGUGUGGAAGACGGCCGACGCGCGGCGGCCCAUGACGGUGCCUGCGCGCGACGGCGAGAGUGCGCCGUCGGAAGGUGACGGGACGGUUGACGGCGCUGCGGAGCUCACGUCCAGCGACGAGGAAGACGAGGAGAUCGGCGGCUCGCCCUCAGCGGCGGCAGCGUCGCCCAGGGACGCCAGGAGUCCGUCGCUCGGCCCCGCGCCCGAGGGCGACGCCACCUCGGAGCACCAAGGGUCGCAGGCGCCCCGGGAGGGUUCCGAGGCCGGGGAAGCGGAGCCCGCACCAGAGCAGGAGCCUGCACAAGAGCCGGAGCCGGAGCCGGAGCCGGAGCCGUCGCUUCCGCGCGCACCGAUUCCUCGCGGCCCUCCGCGGAGCGCUCUGCGGCGCAGGGAGGCGCGUUUGCGGUCGGCGCAGGGUUCGCGACCGAAGACAGCGCCCGGCGGCGCGGACCCCUUCCUGCGGCACCGCGAGUCGGCGCGGCGGCGCCCGAAGCCCGAGCUGGACGGCGGCUGGAGCCACGUGUUCAUUGCCGCGCCGCCGACGGACCCGGAGCCGCUCCGGUUCCCGCCCGUGUUCCGCACGGAGUCGGCGCGCUCCGCGCUGUUCCGCGUCGAUCGCAACAGCGUCAACACGCUGCCGGAGCGCUGGUCGCUGUUUAGCCAGGAGCGGCAGCAGGCGCACAGCGAGCGCGGGCAGCUCCGGUCGUACGUCGGCACGCAGUUCGAGGUCGUCCCGCCGCCGCGCGACCCCACGCCGCCGCCGUCGACGAACCUCGCGCACAACGGGUCCGUGUCGUCCAUCAGCGACACCGAGUACCCCCUCGAGGAGCCAGAAGGAGUGCUUGCGAGCGAGCCGAGCAUGCCGGACAAGAACGAGGAGGACCUCGCGUGGGAGGCGUCGCUCGGGCCGGAGGUGUGGGGCAUGCGCGCGGGCGAGCUGCCCGAGGGCGUGGACCACAAGACGUGGGCCGAGCAGCUCGAGGAGAUCCCGCGGCAGGGGCACCGCGGCGGGGAGGUGCCGGUGAAGCCCGGGGAGCUCAUGGUGUGGAAGCCGCCGGUCGACAAGGCCCGGGAGCAGAUUGACUGGAAGGCGAAGCUGGCGCAGAAGAGGAAGGGAACCAAGGUUCCAAAAAAGCCGGUGAAGAAGGACCCCCUGGCGGACCUCGACGACCGCGUGGAGCGGUUCUACCAGGAGAUGGAGGCGCGGACGGGGGUGUCGAUGCGGCCGCAGACGGCGCCUCGUCCCGGCCCUCAGGCGGCGACGCUGCCGGGGGUGGGUGGCAAGGACGGUGGCGCGGCACGGCCGCCGCGGACGGCGCCAGGGGGUUCGCGGGCUGCGCAGGCGCGAUCGGGCGGGCCGUCUCGCGGGCCGCAGGCGCCUGCGCCCCCCCGUGGGCGCCCGGCUACCGCGGGUGCUCCGCCUGCGGCCACGCCGGUGCUUGGGCGGCCGAUGACGGCGGGCGACGUUCCGGAGCGGCGCCGGUACAUUCACCCGGACGUUGUGGUUCCGUCGGACUCCAGCUACGCGGCGCCGUCGCCUUACUCGAGGAAUUUCAUCAACAAACUCUCAGAGACAAGAGAUGUGGAUAUGGCGUUGACGGAGCCGCUGCACCGAGACUUCCUGUACACGGGCCAGGGCGCGUCUGCGCUGCAAGAGCGCGGACACCGCGGCGUCAGCGCGCGGCCGCGGCGGCUGGAGUGA